UUACGUACAUUUUUUCGGUAAAAAGAAACUUAUGUGUUAAAAAUAGGUUUUAAAGUGGGAGUCAAGGUUCUUUUUCACUAGGCCAGAGUGAUAAAAUAAUUAUCUUGCUUUUACUUAAGGUUAGAUUUUUGUCGCUGAAGCACAACUAAACGGUAAUUUCCAAACGUUGACGCGCUAGCUUUGGCUAAUGUUAGCUUGCUGAAUUUUGUCGUCUAAAAGAUGCGCUGAGUGAGACCCUUUAUCUCCGUUAUUUCCCCAGGUUCCUGAAAAAGGAUAAUCAGAAGAGAUCAGCUUCUUGGAUGGUUGUGGCCCCUGCAUCUAUGGCUGAUAAAAUUGUUGUCCUUGAUGAUGAUGAUGAAGAGAAGAGUCUAAAGACCUUUUGCUCUACAACCACCUCAUCAAACCAACGCAUGGCCAAAUAUGUCUCUCCACUCAAAGCCAAGCAGCCUGUACCCACUCAUAUCACCCAGUCACCUUUCGCCACAGCAAAAAAAGAUAAACAUGUUCUGCAGGAAGAAAAUAAAAAGCUCUUUGCUGAGUUUGUGGAUCACUGCACACCCCUCACCCAGGACUGCCCCGAGGUCUUGAACUACCUGUGUGCCAAGCACGAUAAGGCCUCCCCUGACUUUCUGUCAUCGGUAGAGUUCAGGAACACCCUGGGGCGAUGUUUGACUCGUGCACAGGCCACUCGCUCCAAAACCUUUGUGUAUAUCAAUGAACUGUGUACUGUCCUCAAGCAGCACACCAUCAAAAAGAGGACAUCCUUUGUCAAGGUUGAGCCUGGACCUUCUACCUCAACUUCACAUUCUUUCCAGUCUACCUCAAAGCCAGCCAAAAGAGAGGACAAGGGUAAUGUCAAGGUAGAAAAAAAGGAUGGUAGUGCAAAGAUGGAAGAUGUUGACGAGCAGCCUUCAACCUCAGGUCUGCAAGGAGACAAGAAGGUCAAAGUAGGAGACACAGAUGUGGAUAAACAGCAACAGAGGGCUUCAAGGAAACAGAUAGCUUACCUGGAGAACCUGCUGAAAGUGUACAAUGAUGAAAUCCACCGGCUGCAGCAGGCUGAGUUGAGUUUGGACGAACUCGGCAUGGAGCACUCCUCAUACAUCCAGGAACACAAACUCAAACGCAAGAUGAUGAAGAUUUAUGAAAAGCUGUGUGAAAUAAAGGGCUGCAACACGCUAACGGGCAGGGUCAUCGAGCAGAGGAUCAUCUACAAGAGCACACGUUAUCCCGAGAUCAACAGGAAGAUUGAGCGUUUCAUCAACAGUCCCGAAGCUCAAAGGAACCCUCCAGAUUACCAGGACAUCCUCCAACAGGUGCUGCGAGCCAAUGAGCGCCACAACUUGUCCCUGAGCCGAAAGCAGCUGAACCAGAUCGCCCAGGAGGCCUUCACAGAGACGGGGAGCCGCCUGCAGGAGAGACGCCACCUGGACAUGGUCUACAACUUUGGCUCCUGGCUGACUGACAGCUACAAGACCACAUCAGAUCCAGCCCUGUCAGACGCGGCCCUGCAGCGACAACUGCGGUCCAACAGAGAGAUGUCUUUGUCCCACCUGGAGGACGUCAUCACCAAGUAUGCUGUCAAGCAGGAGAACACUGAGGAGCAGGACAGGUGCAAGCGGAUGAAGAAGGACAAUCAGGAUAAAGAGGUGCCGCAGCAUUUCACAGAGGAUUGUGGGGUCCAAAAAACCAAAGAGGUGAAUGGUCUGGAAGAGGAGGAGGAGGAUGAAGAUGAUGAUGAUGAUGACGAUGAAUCAUCAGACCCAGAUAUAGAAGAGGAGAUUCAAGCCAGCGUCCAGCAGAAUGGAUCUGAUGAUGAAGCUGAUGGCGGCAAUGAGGCGGAGCAAACGUGCGACAGCAGCAACGGCGACGAGCAAAAAGAGGAGACAGACUCAAGCAUCACCGCAGACGAGCAGGAUAGUGUGAAGGACGAAGACGACAAAGCGGCGGUCACCAGUGGACUCAGUCCCCUUUCUGGUGAGAACACAUCCAGAGUCUCCCCCUCGUCCAACAGCCCCAGCCAAUCAGAGCCCGUCCCAACUGAUGACAAGCAGCUGUUGGUGAUGGCAGGAGGGGAGGAGCCUGCAGAUUCCUCCAGUCAGGUGCCACUUGUGGCCAUAACUGCAAGCCACGCCUCUCUGCAGCCCACAGGGCUCUCUCCAGACACGGCCAAUGGGCUUUCUUCACUUCCGUCACCAUCAGCAGGGGUCAUGGAGGUUAAGGAUCUGUCAGAGGAAAAUGGCAACACGCCAACGGCUCUCAGCAGGUCGCCGCCGCCCAGCCCCAGAAUCACGCGGAGCCACAAGAGGAAGAGGGAGGAAAUGGUGUCAGAAAAAUCGCAGCAUAAGCAGCAUGUUGUCAUUUGUGAGAGCGAGACAGAAAUCCCCCUGGACAUGGGUGUGUUUAGCUGCAGUUCUCCCCUGUCCGUGGAGUCCACACGAGUCAACACUCCCAUCGAGAACAUGGUCAGCAGCUCACAGUCCACGCCACCACCAAAAAUAAACAAGGUCAAUGUGGCCACACAGUAUGACCCUCACGAGGUCAUUAUUCUGUCGGACUCUGAAUGACCUUUGACCUUCUGCGCAGGAGGACUCACUCUUCUUCUCCACUUGAUUUUUGACUUUUUCUUUUUUUUUUUUUUUACUGGUGCAUUGUAAUAAGUCAUCUCUAUCUUAUACGGUGUAAACACUGAACUUUUUUUUGGGGGGGGGGGGGUAUAAAUAACUGAUGCUGAACUUGUUUCAGACAUGUUCGGCAUCAGAGCUGUUUCUCAGCUCACCGUCGCUUUGUUUACACUUUUCUAGGAAGGCAGAUAGGCUCCUAUUUGAGGUGACUUUUGUAAAUCAUGCACAUUGAGUGGGUUGUGCAGAUGUUUGUACUUUAUUCGAGGUGAGGCUUGCAGCACUCAUUUUUAAGUUUGGCAAAUACUGAAAUCUGGACCUUGGGGUUUUCCCUGGUGUCAGUGUUGCUCCUUUUCUUCUUCUUCCUGUCAGACUGCUUGGCUGCUGCCGUGUACGAUGACAACAUCCUGUUCUGAUUCUCAGGAAUUUUAAAAUCCUUUGAUCAGUGAGCAGCGGUGCCCCCUCCAAUUUUUUUUUAUUUUUUUUUAGAUUUCUCUUAACUAGCUUUUUCAAACCUGACUUAUUUUCCUCACACCUGUACAUUGAAUGUUUAGUACUUAGUUUUGUUUUUUGAAAGUAGCACUUUGACAAAUGUCAAAGGUUUAAGUGGAGAUGACACUGGGAAAAACCCAGAGCCAAUUUACACUAGACGUUUAGGCUCAAGUGAAAAGUGAAGCUAAAUCACUGUUUUGAGUAAGUCAGGAAUUGUGCUGAAUUUGUCAUAUCAGUUUUCCAAAUGAGUUUUAUUAUUACACCCCCCCCCCAUUUAUAUAUUAAAUAUGCAGCACUGGAAAGUGUCCCCCUUCACAUGGAUUGCAUCUGGGGUUCUUUGUUUCUGGUCGGUCUGCACAGUUUUCUGGAGGUGGAUGAAGCAUCUCACAUUGUCACAUUUUUGUGUUUUUUAUUCUAUUUUACCAUGAUGCAAGUGAAUUAAUAUUUGAAGGGAACAUCUUUCUUUUCAGUUCUUCUGAUGUUAAUUUGGAAUGGCUGCUGACAGCUUCAUUUCUGCUGAGGGGUGUUCCAUCUUUCACUGUGAAUCUUUUUAUAAUAAAAGUGGUUCCAUUCUG